CCUUAUUACUGGAUUGUGCCUUACGCGAGAAACGUGACGUUAACGGGUGAAAGUUGAACAGAUGAACGAAACAGGAGGUGUGUAACUCAUCUGUUCUGUUGUUGUGAGGAGGACUGUCAGUGUUUCUAAGUGAACGGCAAAAGCAACAUUCAGAGAUGAGUUUAAGUGCUAUUCUAUCAGAGAUCGACGGUGGAGAUGACAAGGGGGUUGAAAAGCUUUUGCAGAAGUAUAACACAGAGAACUGCCACACGUUCGCCUUUGACCGCAAAGAGGAGGAUGCACGAAUUGAGUUGUGUCAGGGUCUUCUCACUGUUCUCCGCCGGUCAGAUCUUCCACUUUGCCAAAGCACCUGCCUCGAGACCCUGCGCAUCCUGUCCAGAGACAAGCGUGUACUUGGUCCCGUAGGCACCAGAGAGGGCAUCCUCACUCUAGCAGGGCUGGCCCGGAUCUGUGUGGCGGGACAUGACGGAGAGCCAUUGAAUGUAGCGCAGUCAGCAGAGGAGGAGAGGGUUGUGGUGGAGGCCCUAAAGUGCAUGUGCAACGUGGUGUUUAACAGCGUGCCGGCACAACAGGUGGGAGCUGACUUGCAGUUGGCUGAGGGCCUUUGUGCCUGCUUGCAUUCGGUCAACUCAUCCCAUCAUGAGGUUGGCCUGUUCUCCCUUCGGCUGCUUUUUCUGCUUUCCGCCCUGCGGACAGAUGUGCGUGGCACGCUUCGGAGGGAGAUGGGUGCAGUCAGGCUGCUCACUAACGUGUUGGAACGCACCCUCAACGUGCGUUGGGUGGGGCCAUAUGAGGCUGCGCCCCCUGAUCCAGAAGCCCCGCCUAUUUCACCAGAAAAUAUCGAUCAUGCCAUGGAAGCCCUUAAAGCACUGUUCAACAUCACUAUGUCUGAUUCGAGCGAUGAGGACAGUGACCACCAGCUUCGGCUCAUUGCAGGCAUCAUGAGACAUCUCCUAAUGCUGAAGACACACUCUGAAGAUAAAACAGAGGAGGCUCACAGUCAUGCCAUCAAUCUCCUGAGUAACCUUCCCGUGCAGUGCCUGGAUGUUCUGAUAGACGUCCCUGUCCAAGGUGGAAUAGAAAAGUAUGGUGGGAAGAACAUGGACACAGUGCAGAUGCUGCUAGAUUUUAUGGAAAUGCGGAUAGACAAGGGUUCCAACUAUAAAGAAGGCUUGACACCUGUGCUGAGUCUGAUGACAGAGAGCUCGAGAUACCACAGGGACAUCCGCAGAUACUUCAAGGCCAAGGUGUUGCCACCCUUGAAAGACGUGAAGGAAAGGCCAGAAAUCGGCUGCACCGUUCGAAACAAACUGGUGCGUCUCAUGACUCAUAUUGACAUGGCAGUGAAACAGGGGGCUGCUGAGUUCCUUUUUGUGCUCUGCAAAGAGAGUGUGGAUAAUCUGUUGAAGUACACUGGUUAUGGUAAUGCUGCGGGGCUGUUGAUGGCACGAGGGUUGCUGGCCGGAGGUAGAGGAGAGACGCAGUACUCCUCUGAUGAAGACUCUGACACUGAUGAAUACAAGUCAGCCAAGCCUUUCAUUAACCCCAUUACAGGUCACAUAGAGCACCCAAUGCCAAAUCCCAUUGAUGAGAUGACAGAGGAGCAGAAGGAAUAUGAAGCCCAGAAGCUUGUCAAUAUGAUUGAUGAAUUAUCAAGGAAAGAACUGAUCAGACCAAUGGGAGUGAGGAGGGAUGGCACACUAGCGCCCCUAGGACAAGCUAUCCAUGAGUGCAGCCCACCACCCAGCAGUGACUCUGACUCAGACUAAACUGGAGUUCACCGAAACCCUACAGGAACCACUGCUGAUGGUAACCGUCAGUUUUAUAUUACAAACUGUUCCUUGCACAAGGCGAUACUUCAAUUACUUUUGUUGCACGAGGGGCAUGUCUUUCAAAUCGGGACAUAUAUGGUGAAGUCCUUAUUGAGCAGAGAGAGAAGAAACAGAAAUGUUUAAAUAGAUAUCUGGAUGUGAUCAGACAUCAAAUGCGAUGUAUCAGACGGAACUGUUAAAUAGGACUUAUUCACGUGUCUUUGACGCUCUUUGUGAACAAGUAAAUGCACUUGGUCUAAGGUAAUGAAGUACAAAGGCUUAACACUUACAAAUCAAUGUUUAAAAGCUGUAUUUAUUAUUACGGUCUGUGGCUGUUGCCGAUUCACAGAUCGAAGAAUCCGGUUUUCUGAAACGUUAUAUUCCAAGACAAGCCAUUAGAUCAUUUAUAUUAUUUGUCUUGCACUCAAAUGUUUUUACAAAAUGUGCUUUUUUGCGUCUACCACUUAAGCCUUGAGUUUCAAACAAUUAUCUGUCUUUUCUAAUGUUAUAUAUUUUAGCUACACACUUUUCUAUAUACUAUGUAUUAUUCCUUUUUUUCUUUCAAUGCUGUCGGUGUCAUUUUGUUUCUUUUUCUAAUGUUCGGUUUUCUACACAAGACAAAGCAUGCAAUUAAAUUCAGAUUUUCUAAAUACUCAUCUAUUACCACUAUAAUAAAAGUCAACUGAGUAAAAGGGCUUUGUAAAACUUUUAAAUUAAGCUUGUUUUCCAUUUCAGACAAUCACUUGCAAUAAAAUAAAAUCCUACAAGCCAUUCA